AUGGCGGCGGGCGGAGGCCCCGUGGAGGUGGCGCUGGUGGCGGUUGCCGAGGCGACGGCGGCGGGCGCGCCCUCUUCGUCCGGCGGCGGCGCUUGCUGCUGGGCCUGGGAACUGGGCUCCGGGACGACGCUGGCCAGCUAUCGCGGCGGGAGCUUCGCGGCCAGAGGGUUGGCUCUGCUCGGCGGGGAGCAUCUGCUGGGGGCGCAGCUCGGCAAGGCCUGGCUGGGAGCCUGGGAGCUCCAGAGGAAGGAUCAACUCCAGCAGAAGAUCAUCUGCCCAGGGUUGGUGACCUGCCUGACAGCUGCUCCCAAUGGUCUCUACAUUUUGGCAGGCAUUGCUGAAAGCAUCUAUCUCUGGGAGGUCUCCAGCGGGAACCUGCUUGCCAUCCUGAACCGACACUACCAGGACCUGUCUUGUCUGGCCUUCACGGAUGACAGCAGCCACUUCCUCUCUGGGGCCAAGGACUGCCUAGUUAUUGUGUGGAACCUUUGCAGCGUGCUGCAAGUCGAGCAUGGCCAAAGCCCCGAGCCCCGUCACGUGUGGUCACGACACAGCCUUCCCAUCACAGACCUCUGUUGCGGGAUUGGCGGCCCUAUGGCACGAGCUGCCACAGCCUCCCUAGACCAAACAGCCAAGCUUUGGGAAAUCUCCUCCGGAGACCUUCUCCUGUCUGUUGUCUUCGACGUGGGCAUUAUGUCAGUGACCCUUGAUCUCACAGAGUAUUUCAUGUUUUGUGGGGGCAUGGAUGGCUCCAUUUUCCAGGUUGACCUCUGCUCCUGGCCUGUGCAAAGAGAGAGGGGCUUUCGGACUGAGCGGGAGAGUGGCAAAGUCUUCCAAGGGCACAGGAACCAGGUGACAUGUCUGUCGGUCUCCACUGACGGAAGCCUGCUGCUCUCUGGUUCGCAUGAUGAAACCGUUCGGCUGUGGGACAUCCAGAGCAAACAGUGUCUGCGCACGAUGAAUUACAAAGGCCCAGUCACCAAUGCUUUCAUCACUCUGGCCCCAGCCAACAUGAUCAAUGCGGACAGCAAGCCCAGUGUGCCUCUGCCGAACUUCCGCCGGCAUCUCCACAAUAUGGAAAGCAGCGAACCCUCCACCAACGAGGGGCUGAUGCUGUGCUUGGGCCUGCAUCAGAAGGGAUCUGGUGAAAGCUACUUGGAAAAAGCCGAGCGUUUACACUCCCAGAUGUGUUUGGCCACAGAGAAGAACCUGAUGGGAGACCACGAGCAGUUGAAAAACCAGGUGACUAAGCUGGAGGAGGAAGUUGGCACACUGCGGAAGAUCAACAAGAGCCUCUUUGACUUCUCCAGCCGCAUCCUCACCAAGCCGGGCAAACAAUAGCCUGGGUCCAAGCUUGUGUCUCGAGGGAGGGGAGAAGCAAGCAGGGGCCUGGCCUUGGAAGUGGGGGCCCUCCCCGUGCUGUUUGAAUCCUCUGUUUCCUGCACAGAGGGAGUGAGCAUGUCCUUGUUUGUGGGCCUGCCCCUCCCAUGUUCCCUCUCACGGAGCUGCAAGGGGUGUGCAGCCAGCCAGCCAGCCUUUUACGGCACAGCGCCUGUGGCAGGGCUGCGCGUCCAGCUGUGCCCGGAGAAACGACUGGGAAGGACAGCUCCCUGGUGCAAAAGGAGGCCUUUUGGUGGCACAGGAAAAGCAGUGGCGUGUGGCAUACAUUGGCGAGGCCCUUCCUAGAUCCUGCCUUCCGUUCCGUGUAGUACUGAUGCCUCACAACAAGAUCAGCAGACCUCUGCUGUCCAGUUGGAAUUCCUGGCGCUGUUUCAGAACCUCUUUUUAUACUUAAGAGCUGGUUUUGCAUGGAGGGUUCGUGGGCGGGGGGGGGGGGGGGGGCGGUCCAAGGGUGCCUUUUUGCAUAAUUGAGAGGGAAUCUGCUGCACCCCAAGUGAAGUGCGGAGGGGCCUUUCUAAAUAGCUUUGGGAGUGUGGCAGACUGAUCACGAGGGAGCAACUCUUUUAUACAAAAUUGAGCUGUAAAGGGGUGUGUGUGUGUGUUGGGGGGGGGGUCAUAUUUUCAAAGGCUUCCUUCCCGCUCUGGAAAAAAAAAAAUUCCCUGUUUUGUAGUAAUUUAGUAUGCAUUAAACAUUUCUUCUUGA